AUGGUCAGUCCAGUGAGCGAGCAAUGCCGUCUCUACGGAAGUGCCGUUAGUAAUGGCGUCGACAGGUCGAUUGUCCAGGAGCUUCGGACUUUUGCGGAGUGUGCCCCCGCUCACGAGCGCUUUGAGCAAUACGCGGAGAUUCGCUUUGUAUACGAGAUGCUGUCGAUGGCAGGUGGCCUCGAGAAGGUGUCAGCCGUCGUCGAUUCGUGGGUCAACAACGAAGGCAAUGUCAGUCGGGCAGCACGUCAUGUGGACCGCCACUGUACUCUUGUGGGGCAAGCCCUCGUGCGAGCCUUCUGCGUUUUCCGGCUCAAAGCAUUUGAUGGGGUGCAGUGGGAAUAUCUGGACGAUCACGGUGCUUAUGAUAAGGACGAGGGGGAACCGCGUCCGCAGACGGUCGUCUUUAUUGCCUUGACGCGUCUGAGCCCGCAGAACGGAUUCUUCAUCGACCUCGAGCCAGGUCAGGACGUAUGUGUGGACAGCAAUGCAGGCUUGAAGUUUCCCCCUGGAGGGGGAGGCCUUGGUGUCUGCCUAUGUCUGAAUCUCUAA